AAAUCAAGCUCACCCAUUCUAAGCAGUAGUACCCAAAAAUGUGCACUUGACCUUUUGGAUUGAUAUGGGAAAAACAAAAAAACGAACAAUCCGUAUUAUUUAAAAUCCUUAUCCCUCUACAAAGAGUUGGUUAGUUGGAAUAUGCCUUUGUAUCAAAUGUCAAUCUAUCAUCUCCAUCUUCCCAGCCCCUUUCCUUCUUGCGCAAUCUAUCUAUCUAAUCCCUACCUUCUCCUUUUCUUUUAUUUCUUUGCCAUCCUCUCCCAGACCAAAUUCUCCCGCGCGUCGUUCUCACUGCCAGAUCCACCCCUCACAUUUAUAGUAAGCGCGUGGGAUCCUGCCAUUCCUUAAUCCGGACCGUACUUUCCUAAUCCUAUUAUUAAUCAACUAUUAUUCCCCACGGCCUCGCUCUCCACCACCCUAAUCUUACACAAAAAUCCUGUAUCACGUUCAAAAUCAUCAUUAGUUUAUCGCUGAGCUUUGGAUUUUCCGUAUACAGGUUCAAAACGACAUCGUACAGUGCAAACACCAAGACAGAGGCUUAUAUUUCUAUAUAUAUCUAUAUAUUUGUUGUAUAUUGACAUUUUUGUCCAAACAUAAAGCAACAGUUUCAACUUUCAAACAAACACCUCCAAGAGGCAAAGAUAUGCGGCGAAACGAAACAAGCCUCAAUCACUGCAAUCCAACGGUUCCAGAUUAAGCAACGUGGACGGUGACAGAUCAUUACACUUUGCACUCUGACAGUGGCAGCAGGUCACGCCAAAAUUUCCUACCCUUCUAUUCAUUGGGCCACGCCUCCCCCCCAGCUGGCCCAUUCAUAGAGUAUUUAAAUAAACUCAAUAAUUAAAUUACCUUUUUAAUCACUCACUUCCCCACCCAAAUUAAAAAUAAAGAAGAAAAAAAAAAAACAUAACCCUUUACAUGCCUUAAAAGGUAGCAAAAAUCCAAGUAGAGGCAGCCGACACUUGGCGCAUCCCCGCUUGCUCCCGUUCAACAAAAAAAAAGUAAACACAGAGCAGAGAAUUUCUCAGCCCAAAAACACAGAAGAAAAUUCGAGAAACCAAUUCGAAAAUGUCAAAGCUGUAGCCUUUCUUUUCCAUGUCCAUCGCACUUAUCUCUUUAGCUAAUGCCCACAGGCCACAACUUUGUUUGUUUGGCUUUUUAUUCGUCUGCUUCCUUGCCUCGUUUCCUUUCCUAAUGUGGACUUACAUUAUUGAAUCCAACUGAUCACCAAUCUCCCCCACUUUCCUUUUCCUGCUCUCCUGGGUUUCUUGCUUCCCCUUUUUGCCAAUCAGCUUGGACCCGUUUCUGUUUUCACCCACCUCCCAAAUCAACCUCUGCCGUUUCGAAGAUAUGUAAACAGUACGAAUUUGUUUGUGUAAGAAGCGUUUAUGAUCAAUUUUGGGUACCAGAGCUCAAGCCUUGUUGGGUUUUCUGUAAUCGGAGCUCUUCUGGAUCGUUCAAUUUUCUUGGUUUUGUAGCUGACCUGGAAGAGGGUUUUCUGUAGAUUCUCUUCAAUUAACCGUGUUGGGUCCGAAUGGGGACGAACUUGAAUUUCAGGAACUUCACCAACGACUUCGUUUCCUCCUCCGACGCCGCCCGGCAGCAGCAGCAACCGGUGACGCCGUUAAACUUCCCGUUGGCAAGGCAGUCGUCAAUAUACUCUUUGACAUUCGACGAGUUUCAAAGCACGGUGGGUGUUCCGGGGAAGGACUUUGGGUCGAUGAAUAUGGACGAGCUGCUCAAGAACAUAUGGAGCGCGGAGGAGAAUCAGAAUCUGAACAUGGCGGCGGCGGCGGCGGCGGCGGCGCUGCCGGUACAUGACGGUCUGCAGCGGCAGGGGUCGCUAACCCUGCCUAGGACUCUGAGCCAGAAGACGGUGGAUGAUGUGUGGAAGGACAUAUGGAGGGAGUACGGUAGUGGAAGUGGUGCAGCUACUGAGAAAAAUGAGGUUGUCCCACAAAGGCAGCAGACCUUAGGGGAAAUGACCUUGGAGGAGUUUCUGGCGAGAGCUGGUGUCGUUAGAGAAGAUAAUAGUAGUGAUAAGACACAUGUAGCAGUAGGAGGGAAGGUUCAGCAAAGCAAUGGAGGUGGUGCUGGUGGUUUCUUUGCUGAUUUGUCUAGACAAGGGAAUAGCAAUCACAACAGCACUAACAAUGGUUUUGGAAUGGUGGGUUUGAUUAGUAGUAAUGGUAACGCUAAUCCGAUUUCGAUGCAACCGGCAUCGAACUUGCAUUUGAAUGUGAAUGUGGAUGGUGGCGUCAGAUCAAAUCAAGUUCAAUCACAGGUACAGCAGCAGCGGUCGCCGCUGCCACAGAUCUUUCCAAAGCAGGCUAAUAAUGGAGGGGGUUAUGGGCUAUCACUGCAGGGGAUUGGUGGUGCUAAUGGGUUGAUGCAAGGUGGGAUGGUUUCACCGGCUAGCCAGAUUUCGUCAGAUGGGAUAGGGAAGAGCAAUGGGGACACUUCUUCUGUGUCACCUGUUCCUUAUGUGUUUAAUGGAAGUAUGAGGGGGAGGAGACCUAAUACUACAGUGGAGAAGGUGGUUGAGAGGAGGCAGAGAAGGAUGAUCAAGAAUCGAGAGUCAGCUGCUAGGUCGCGUGCUCGUAAGCAGGCUUACACUAUGGAGUUGGAAGCAGAAGUUGCAAAAUUAAAAGAGGAGAAUGAUGAACUUAGGAGGAAGCAGGACAAAAUCAUGGAGGUGCAGAAAAAUCAGGUGAUGGAGAUGAUGAGCAUGGAGAAUGGAGGGAAGAGGAGGUGCUUGCGACGAACACUGACCGGUCCAUGGUGAACAGUUUUUCUGUUACAUAGAGGAUAGGGAGGGAGAGGGGAGAAGGGUUGUUGCUUUGGUGCAUGGGAGAAGAUGAUCUUCUGAGGAUGGUAGCCUGUAGUUUGGAAGUUGUUUCCAGAUCAUGGGUUUAUAGCUGCUGAUUUGUGCAUAGGCUAACCAGACCAAUAGUUGAUUAAAUUCAUGGCCUUCUUUCUUUAUAUCCGUUAGAAAAAAGAUGGGAGGGUUUU